AUUUGCUAUUUUCAGAGUAAUAACUGUUUUUGUUAACAAACUAAGUAAUUAAGUUUUAUGUAAUUAUCACAACAGCAUUAUAAUCACAGUCUAGAAUAAUCUUCUAACGUCACCAAGACAGUGACAAUGACAGAAAAGUGACACAUUUCAGCUGGAAAUAUUGCCCUGCCAAAGGCCGCAUCAAACGGGACGAAAGAGUGACGAGCGAAUGUUGCGACAUUUCAAACAGUGAAGGGCAGCCGUGAGAACGAAAUGAGGGAUUUGGUUCGGUGAUGCUGCUCCCGGGAGCGCGCUGGCUGCGCUGGCGCUGCGGCGCGGAGGCGCGCGCGGCGCUAGCUGUGGGCGCGCUGUGCGCUGCAUGGUUCUCGUGCUCGGCGCUGGGCAACGUCGUGGGCAAACUCCUGCUAACAGACUUCCCGCGGCCGCUGACGGUGGCCAUGGCGCAACUUGCGUGCACGGCUCUAUGCUCCGCGCCGAUAGUACUGCGCGAGCGCGCGCCACCCGUGCGCCCGCUGCUGCGCGCGCUGCUGCCGCUGGCGCUGGCCAAGUUCCUGACGACGCUGUGCUCGCAGGUCUCCAUAUGGAAGGUGCCGGUUUCCUAUGCGCACACAGUGAAAGCGACGACGCCACUAUGGACAGCGGGCCUAGCGUGGCUACUCUUUGGUGAGCGGCAGCCACGUGGCGUUGCAACGUCACUCAUACUCAUCGCCGCCGGCGUCGGCCUCGCAUCCGCCACUGAGAUGCACUUUGAUGCAGCUGGUUUAUUCUCAGCCCUCGCCGCUGCAGCGCUACUUUCACUACAACAUUUAUACUCAAAAAGGUUGCUAGCCAGAGCCAGUUGGUCACCACUUAGAGUCUUAGCAGCAUUAAGCGCGCUAGCUGCAGUCAUGUUUUUCCCUGUUUGGGCGUGGAGCGAUGGAACCGCGUUACUAACGCAACCUCUUUCACCUCGCUCAGCAGGAUUACUCCUAUUAGACGGGGUACUUGCGUGGCUGCAAGCGGCAGCCGCCUUUAGCGUAUUAGCACACGUAACUCCAUUAACAUACGCUGUAUUAUCGUGUGGCAAGCGAGUCUUAGUUGUAGGUGCUUCGUUGAUUUUAUUACGGAAUCCAGCGCCGCCUUUAAACAUAGCUGGCAUGGCUUUGGCAGCGUUAGCUGUGCUACAAUAUAAUCGUGCGAAAUUAAACGCGCGGGCGGACGGAGGUAAGCCGCUGUUGCCGGUAUGAUGGACAUAGGUAAUUGAUUUAGUUAAUUUUUUGUUUUAAGCUUGCGUGGAUGGUUGUAAUAGUACUUUGGCUGUAUUUGCGUAAAUAUGGCUCUAAUCUUGCCGUUAAUGGCGGUCAUUUCGGUUUGUUUUUAUUAUUGAAUUGCGUUAUAUCAUCCUUCCUCAUGAGUGACGCAGCGACUUAACACAAUACAUAACACAAC